AUGACCAUCCCCUCUUGCCAUAUCACUACAGGCCUUGUUAGAGCUAUAGUCCCCCUCCGCUGCCGGCCCCGGCUGCGGCGCUGCCCUCCUCCGAUCGGGCCCGCACCGCCGGAGCGGUCUGUGUACCGGGCCGGCCCCGGUACCGGCACCGGCACUCACCGCACCGCCGGAGCGGUCUGUGUACCGGGCCGGCCCCGGGACUCACCGCACCGCAGGAACCGCGUACCGGGCCGGGGCCGGCAGCACCGACACUCACUCCCGGCAGCACCAACACUCACCCCGGAGCCGCGUACCGGGCCGGGGCCGGCAGCACCAACACUCACCCCGGAGCCGCGUACCGGGCCGGGCCGGCCCCGGCAGCACCGACACUCACCCCGCAGCCGCGUACCGGGCCGGCCCCGGCAGUACCAACACUCACCCCCAGAGCCGCGUACCGGGCCGGGACCGGCAGCACCAACACUCAUCCCCGGAGCCGCGUACCGGGCCGGGGCCGGCAGCACCGACACUCACCCCGGAGCCCCGUACCGGGCCGGCCCCGGCAGUACCAACACUCACCCCGCAGCCGCGUACCGGGCCGGGGCCGGCAGCACCGACACUCACCCCCGGCAGCACCGACACUCACCCCCGGCAGCACCAACACUCACCCCGCAGCCGCGUACCGGGCCGCGGCCGCCGCCGCCCGCGCAGCUUCCCCCGGUAGUUCCGGGCCAGGCACCGCCCCUCGGGCCCUCCGCGCUUUAA